UAUUUGGCAAAUUUUGUUUGAGGUUUGAGGGACGGUUCAAGUGUCUUAACUCCGUUUAUCUGGAAGUGUUUGGGCUAGAAGCAGAAACUGCAUUGCUUCCCAACGCCGCCUAGGUCAAAAGCAUUCAGGCGAAGACCAACAAUGAUGCCAGACUGGUGGUCAACACUUUUAUUACUUUGUGUUUUCUACUUGAGCACUGAUGGGGUGCCAACUAAAGAAGGAUUUGGUCCAAAACACUACCUGCCUUUAGUGCGGUUACGACAUAAGCAAGAUGGAAGCCCAGACAGCAUUAGAUUAAAAGCAUAUCAUGGUCAGGAUGGUCAUUUCGGACCCUGCGAGAACAAAUAUUGUGGGCUUGGCCGGCACUGCAUUGUUAACAAAGAGACAGGCCAGGCGGACUGUGCGUGCAUGGAGCGCUGCAAACCGAAUUACAAGCCUGUGUGUGGUUCUGAUGGCGAACUUUAUGAAAAUCACUGUGAACUUCAUCGUGCUGCUUGCCUGAAGAAACAAAAAAUCUCAAUCGUUCACAACGAAGACUGCUUUUUCAAAGCAGGAGAGAAUCCCAAAGUGGUAGUUGGGGAACUGCGGGAAGUUCAGAUUGUCUGA